UGAACAGAAACACACAGGAGAAAAACUGACUGAAGAUAUCUUGGCAUAUUUAUGGCAAUGUGAACAAUGCUAGGAAACAAAAAAAAAAUAACAUAGAAGAUAAAGAGGAGACUCUCUAUGUCAACACAGAUACUUUAAACAGUCAUGAUGUCUGGACAGGAACUGAGAACUCAGAGAGAAACAAAACAUCUCAACACACAGGAAAUGAGUGUGUGAGGAACAGAAUGUCCAGAGCAGCUUCAGUGUGUGUGGGACUGCUGUGUGUUCUUCUGCUGGCUACAGUCAUAGUGCUGUGUGUCCAACUCAAUACAAACAAGAACCUUAUGCAAGAGAGAGACAAGCUACUACUGAUGAACAUGAAUUUAACAAAGGAGAGGGAAAUUUUGGGCCAUCUAAUUCAGGAGAACAGUGAACAAUGGAAACACCUUCAUGAAAUGGAUGAAUGGAUUUACUAUCACUCCAGUCUUUACUACAUAUCCUCUGAAAUGAAGAGCUGGAGUGAGAGCAGAAAAUACUGUACAGAGAGAGGAGCAGAUCUGCUGAUAAUAAACAACAUAAAUAAACAAAAGUUUGUUACAAAAGUUACUGGUGGUAACAACAUCUGGAUUGGUCUGACAGACAGUGCAGACGAGGGCACAUGGAAAUGGGUGAAUGGCAGCACACUGACAUCUGGGUUCUGGAAGUCUGGACAGCCAAACGGCCAAAGAAUAGAAAACUGUGCUGUGUCUUACUUAACAGGAUGGUUUGAUUACUCAUGUAAUAAUGCUUAUAAAUGGAUCUGUGAGAAGAGCCUUUGAAAAUUAAACAUGUUUUUCAGAACAUCUUAAAUGUGAAAAGAGGGAAUACUCUCCUAAACAAUGAGACCACUUCUGAGUCAUUCUGAGUUUCUACAUUUAGCCUUUACUUACUCUGUGAUCAUAUAUAUGUAUGUAUAUAUAUAUAUAUGUAAGUAUGUAUGUAUGUAUAUAUCCGAAGGCUGCUUUUGGUGUCCACAAGUUGGAGCUUUUGCACAGGCUAUUAUAUUUGCUGUUUUGGGAGUGAGAACAUGUUGAGGAUGCACGUCUUUUCAUAAAAUACAACUUUAUGAAUUGUAUUGCAUGAGUUGUCAAUACCAGUGUCACAAGACAAGCUUAAUGCUUUGGAUAGUAGCAUCUGCUAAAUCUCUUAAAUGUAAAUGUAAAAAGUGCUAUACACAAACUAUAUGCUUUAGCAAGAAACUGAACCUCCAGAUGGACUGUGAUGCUUUAUUUGUCUUCUUACACUUGUCUGUUCAAAUA